AUGCUACCUCACUUCACCCAUUCCCAGUGGUCAUUCGCCCGCGGCGCGGCAGCUACAAUCGACCGCAGCUUCAAGCUAUACGGCUUCGACGUCGACAAGCAUCUCUUCCACUGGAUCGUGGGCACACACGUUCUACACCACCUCGUCUCCACGAUACCCUUCUACCACGCCUACGAGGCCACCGAUGCCAUCCAAAGCGUCAUGGGCAAACACUACCGGGCCGACCACACCACGCCGCUGAUGACAGCCGUGUUCCGUAACCUGCGCGAUUGCCAGUUCGUCGAGAAGAGCUCCGGGAUGGAUGGCAGCGGCGUGUACAUGUAUCGUAACCUGCAUGGGCGCGGCAUGAAGCCGAGGGAUCUGACGGCGGGGGAGACGACGUCCUCGUGGGAGGGCCAUUUGCCUCCGUCGUCGAAGGAGGCGUCUUGCGACCGGCGAGAUUCAGUGGCGUGGAUUUGGUGA